AUGAGUAUGUUCCCGGUGCGCGUUGUGGUCGAGUCGGUACGGCCACAACACUGCCUUACGUGUGCACGUGACGGUCACACUCUUGUCGAUUCCUAUGCAAUCGUUUCUGGUGCUACUCUGCUCAGUCAGUUGGUGGACACGGUGCUGAGCGCCUUGGGUAUACCGCAACUCGCCGUCAAUUCCAAAGGUUCAGCUGUGCAUGAGUGA